AUGGUCAGAAGAAACAAUGCAACUGUUGAUGAGUUCCUUCUCUUGGGAAUCACAGAUAUCUGGGAGCUGCAGGUCAUUCUGUUUGUGCUGUUCCUUCUGAUCUGUGUCACCUCGCUGGUGGGGAAUCUCGGCAUGAUUGCUUUAAUCAGGCUUGACUCUCAACUCCACACCCCCAUGUACUUCUUCCUCUGCCACCUCUCUCUGGUAGACCUAGGUAAUUCCUCAGCAGUUGCUCCCAAAAUGCUGGUGAGCUUCUUUGAAGAAAGGAAAGCCAUCUCUUUGCCAGGGUGCGCAGCCCAGAUGUACUUGUGUGGAUUCUGCAUCAUCACUGAGUGUUACCUGCUGGCUGCAAUGGCCUAUGACCGGUACGUGGCCAUCUGUAACCCCCUACUCUACGUGACCACCAUGUCUCAGAAAGUUUGUGUGCACCUGGCUGUGGGAUCCUACUUAAUAGCUUCUGUGAGUCAAAUGGUGCUUGUCAGCUCAGUGUUCAGUGCACACUUCUGUGGCCCUAAUGUCAUCAACCACUUCUUCUGCGAUAUUCCUCCGCUCCUGAAGCUUUCCUGCUCCAGCACUAUUGUCAACCAACAUGUGCUUUUUACCAUUGCUACUCUUGUUGCUCUCAGCACUUUAACAUUCAUUGCUGUCUCUUAUGGUUAUAUACUUAUCACUGUCCUGAGGAUGUGCUCCUCAAAGGGCAGGCACAAAGCUUUCUCCACCUGCGCCUCACAUUUGACAUCAGUCUCAGUUUUCUAUGGGACUAUGAUCUUCAUGUACAUCCGCCCCACUUCUACCUACUCCCUGAACCAGGACAAAGCAGUGUCUGUUGUCUACACCAUGGUGAUUCCCAUGCUGAACCCCCUGAUCUACAGCCUGAGGAACAUGGAGGUGAGGGGCGCUCUCAAGAGACUCCUAAAAAGAGUUCUAGUUUCCUUUAGAGAUCAAGCUGGCAAAGAGGUGUCAUAUAAAUAA